ACCCCCAUGUACUUCUUUCUCUCCAAUCUGUCCUUCAAUGACAUCUGUUUAAGCACCACCACAGUCCCCAAGAUGCUGGUGAACAUCCAAUCACAGGAUCACAUCAUAUGUUACACAGGUUGCCUCUCUCAGGUCUGCUUUGUCCUGGUUUUUACUAUUUUGGAAAAAUUUCUCCUUGCAGGGAUGGCCUUUGACUGUUAUGUGGCCAUUUGUCACCCCUUGAGGUACACAGCCAUCGUGAAUCCCCGCCUCUAUGUGUCUCUUCUUCAAUCCUCUCUGCUCAUCAGCACUAUGGAUGCCUUCCUCCACACUCUGUUGGUACUGCGUCUGUCCUUCUGCACAGACCUGGAGAUCCCCCACUUCGUCUGUGAACUAACUGAGGUCAUUGAGCUGGCCUGCUCUCACACCCUUAUUAAUAAUAUCCUGGUAUUUGUUGCAGCAUGUGUAUUUGCUGGUUUUCCUCUUUCUGGGAUCAUUUUCUCUUACAUUCACAUUGUGUCCUCUGUCUUGAGAAUGCCCUCAUCAGAAGGAAAGCAUAAAGCCUUUUCUACCUGUGGAUCUCAUCUAUCUGUUGUCUUCUUGUUUUAUAGGACCAGUUUUGGGGUGUACAUUAGCUGUGCAGUUACUGACUCCCCCAGGAAGACUGUAGUGGCUUCACUGAUGUACUCUGUGGUCACUCAGAUGCUGAACCCAUUUAUCUACAGCCUGAGGAACAGGGACAUGAAGGAGGCCUUGAGGAAGCUCAUUGGUAGGAUAGCAUUUCCUCCAUGA